AUGGCCGGCAGAUGUCUUGCGAGUCUAGCAAGCAUCCAAGAGCUCCAGAGCGCGACAAAGUACUACAGAGAACUGGCUGUAGUCGUCACAUCGGGGGGAGUCGCAGCUGAAGACCAGACAGAAGUGGCAGACGAGGUUGACGUUCAGUUCGCGACUCUUGAAGCCCUUCCCGCUGCUUCGCGAACAGAAGAUAAUUCAGAGACCUGUGUCAUUUGCCUCUCCGCCAUAUCGGAGAGAGCCAUUACGGUUCCUUGUAACCACUACAGCUUCGACUUCAUUUGCCUUGUCAGCUGGUUGCAAGAACGGUCAGCAUGUCCGCUUUUCCAGUAUGAAUUCUAUUCUCCUACCGACUACAAAACAUACACCAUCCAGUCCACUCGGACCCCUAAUCCCCAUGGCGCCGCUACUCCUCUCCCACAUAAUCCUCAAAGCCGAUCACAUCCUACCAGACCGUUCCGCAGGCGCCAAUACACCCCUCCAAACCCCGACACGGCCCUCCUAAAACGCCGCCACGUCUACAAACACUCUCUCUACUCCCUCCACGUCGGCAGCAACCGCAUCUCGCGCUACCAAAACCUCACGCCCGCCCUCAUAUCCAGUUCCCCGGACCUCCAGUCCCGCGCCCGCACUUGGAUCCGCCGCGAGCUGCGCGUCUUCCCAUACCUAAACCCGGCCCCAGAGCCUCACGAGCCACCCGCAAGCACCUCUAGCAGCAGCACCAGCACCACGCCCAGCGCCCGCCGCGCCUCCAACGCCGAGUUCCUCCUCUCCUACAUCCUCGCGAUCCUCAAGGCCAUCGACCUCAAAGCCCCCUCCGGGCAGGCCGAAGACAUGCUCGCCGAGUUCCUGGGCCGGCCGCACGCGCGGCUGUUCCUGCACGAGCUCGGCGCGUGGCUGCGCAGCCCGUACACGCGGCUCGAGGACUGGGAUCGCAAUGUGCAGUAUGCGGAGCGGCUGCCGGAGCGAGGAGCAGAUCGCCGCGGCGAGAGGAGAGGGCGGCGUGGCGGGAGCGGCAGGCCGUGA